AUGGCAGCUUCGAAGGAAGCGAGGCAGGAGUGCAGCUUUGAGAUCGGGGAUGUGAUUGAGCACAGAAGCUCCGUGGUUGGGAUCAGAGGAGCGUGGUUCCUAUCAAAGAUUAUGGACGUUUCGCGUGGUGAGACAGCAGCAUCGAGAUAUCUGCACGUGCAUUACUUGGACUUCAAUGACGAAAUGCACACCGUCCGCUUGUACGAUUCCGUUCCGUCCCAGCCCGACAAGCGGAGCGACAGGGCGCUCAUGGCGCGGCCGGAUCCGCCCCACCACUACGUCGUCGCUCGGGGAACUUCCACAAGUCAGCCCCCAAGACAAGGGGGCCCCAAGCUCUACUUCCACCGGACUCGAAAGUUUGCUGUGGGUGACGCUGUGGAUGCGAUGUACACCAACUGCUGGUGGGAGGGCCACAUCAAGAGCAUCUCCGGAAACGACGUCACAGUGGCCUUCGCGAAGCCUCCCAGGGGCGAGGGUGACGUCCAGAUAAUCCACAACCGCAGUCUCCGGCCCACGCUGGAUUGGAACAACGACACGUGGACGAUCGCGCCCGGGAAAGCCGCGCUGCCUCUCAUCGGCGUCUUCGAAGAUGCCAGCGGCCGCGUUAUCGUUGACAACUCGCUGGAGGGGCAGCCGGAACCGCCGGAACCGGGGGCGCAGCAACAACUUGAAGCGGGUCUGCUGAGCCCAAAACCGUCCCGCUCCCCUUUGCCAACCUCCCCCUCCGGCUCUAAAGCUGACGUGAGCAGCAGGGCCUCCUCCAAUCAGCGUGACGUCAGCAAGAAGAAUGCGCCGAGAAAACCCAAAACAACUCCCAAAACGGAGCCGAUACAUGAGGCGGACAGUGAUCCGGAAGAAGAGGGGGCGCAGAAGCGAGAGACAGAGCGAGAGGAGGGCCUGUUUCCGAAUAUGACGGACGAUGACGUCAUCAAGGGCUUCGAGACGUUGCUCGGUUCGGUCCCCCGGGCGACCCACCCGGGCGUGCAGCGGCUGGGGCUACGGGGCUUCUUCAAGCAGAAGGUCGCCGAGAUGCACGCCGGGGAGCUGUUCCCGGCGCAUCCGCCGGCGGCCGAAACGGCGGGCGCGCGCGCGCGAGAAACGAAGAACGAGAGCGGGGAGUCGUUGGCGAGCUCGAAUCUGUCCGAGGAAGGAAAACUACGCGGUACUUUGCCGGUGGCUCCGGCAGAGCGGGUGGAACCGGGGGAAGCAGAGCUAGACCUUGGGAGGGAAUUGAAAGACCUUAAGGGUUCUGAGAAGGGAGACGAAGGGGAAGAAGUGAAAGGGACGGAGGAGAAGCAAAAAGAGGUAGAGGGUAAACAAGAACGGGAAGCCGUUCAGCCGCAUGCUGGAGAGAAGCGGGGAAGAGGGAGGCCCAAGCUAACGGAGGAAGCGAGGGCGAAGAAGAGGCUCGGCGGACCGGCGGAUUCCGUUGGUGCGACGCUGGGCGUCUCUCACGGCAACGGGGGUCCCAAGCGACGGAAUCUGGAGAGGGGGAAAGCGGAGGCGGGGGUGUUCCUGAGCGCGCUGCUCGCGCGCUGGGAGGGUGUUCACAUUGACGAGGCUCGGCUGGUUUUCAGUGAGCUCAACGAGUGGGCGCCCUCGGAGAGUACAAUCAAGGGGAUCCACGGGGGGGAGAUCAAAGACUGGUACCGGGCCAAGGUCGAGCGGAUGCGUGCGAGCGGCACGCGCUUCGUACGGAUUGUCUCGCAGACGACUAAACAACUGAGGUAUGCCUGGCAGCCCUGGGGCGACGCGCGCUUCCCCGAAACCCUCAAACCCUCGGUGCACCCGAAAGCGGAGAUGACGUCAGCGAAAGGCGCGGUGCAUGAAGGGGGGCGAGAGGACGCGCCCGGGAACGAGGGGGCAGCGGACGGUGACGUCACGAGGGAAAGUCUGGUGGCGGAGCGAAAAGGGGAAGACACGAGGGGCGGGGGGAGCGGUUUGGGGGCCCCGGGAGCAGAAGCCGUGACGUCAGCAGCUGACGGAGAGGGUGGAGAACAGGUCAAGGAGGGAGAGUCUGAAGAAACCGCCGAGGAGAGUCCUCCACGUGGCGACGUCCGAGACGCCACGGCUGAAAGCGAAGGAAGAACGGAGAGAAAGGGGAAGUCGGAAACCGAAGACGCUGAAGAGGGCCUGAUGUUGGAGUCAGCAGAAGCUCCCCAGGUUGGGGAGGCAACCGCGAAAGAGGAAGUACCGGAACGAGAAGCGAAGGAAACGGGAAGGAAAAAACACGGCGACAACGCAGCUUUUGAAGACAACGCAACAGCUAAAGGGGAGGAAAUACUAGCAGGGAAAGAAACCGCAGGAGGAGGAGGAACUGUGGACGGGUGCCCGAACUUGGCCGCAGGCGAUGGUGCAGGAGUAGCAGAGGUGAAAGGGAACGUUGAGGGGAUCGGAACUUUUGGAAAGGCGGACGCCUCUGGGGAAGGGAGUGCAGAUAGCAAGGGUUCGGGGGACGGUGAAAGAGCGGCUGAGGGGAACGGAGCCGCCGAGAUGAAGGGAAGUGCAGAAGAAAGCAGAUCUGCCGGAUCCUUUGAGGACGUAGGAGGCAUGAAGAGUGCCGAGCGGGACGGAACGCCUGAGACCGGAAGCGUCGGUCAGAAGGCCAAGAAACGGCAGAAGAAGAAAGAGCCCGUCGUAAUUCCCAUGAACGUGCUCGACUUCUUCUUGGACGAUACGGAGGAAGAGGUGCCCUUGAUUGAGGAGCAGAAUGAACGGAAUCCCGGAAGCGGAAGGGAACCGGAACGAUUUUCGGAUGUGCUAGAGGGGCAGACGGAGCGAGACUUGGCUCAGGGUUCGCUUGCAGAAACGUCAGCGGAUGGAACGGUGACAUCGGCAGAGGAGGCGGAGGCGAUCAUUCGCCCGCUGCUCGCGCGCUGGAGCCGUGCCGACCUGGACGAGAUAUUUAACAUUUUCAAGAAGUUGAACGGAUUCGUUCCGCACCGGAACGGGAACGGAGCCAAGCGGCAGGGCACCAAGAGCUGGUUCGAGGGCCUGUUCCGGCGGAUGCUUGAGACCGGAAAGCGGUACGUGGAGCGGAAGAAGCUGGGUGAAAAGAAAGCCGUGAACCUGCAGAUGCGGCCUUGGCCAACAAAGCGCCACGUGGCAUUUGGAGAGGGCCACGUGGGUGCUGCCGGGGAUGUUCAAGCUGAGGAUCGAAUUGCGGGGAUGGAGAAUGCGGAAGUUUUGGAACGUGGAGAAGCUGAAGACUCUGGAACCUCCGGUGCGGUAAUCGAGAGGGGAGAAGGGAAACGCCGGCUAAAGAAACGGCGUUUCGGCCGCGAGUUUGUGUCGGAGAAGCUGGGGGAGCGGAAGAUGAAGAGCAGAAAGCUCGAAAACGGGGCUUUUGUAAAGCCGGCAGAUGAAUCUGAAGGAAAGGAGAGCACACCGCAAGAAAGCAAGUCGGUGCGAGCGAUGCGCGAGCGUUUGGAGGAGAAGAUCCGGAGGUGCGGCCAGGAGGGCCUAGCGGCUGAGGCAACGGAACGGCCGGAAUCCGCCGGAGCUGGUGGCGGAAGAGGAGCGAAGAAGCGGGCUGCUGAGGAGGCCGGAGUCUACUUUGAGGAGGAACGGAAGGGCGGAACGGGGCCGACCGAACGGGGUGGCUUGGGGAGCGCCAGGGACUUCGGCUUCACGAGGAAAACGAGCGAAACGGAACGGAUGGAACAGAAGUUGUGGGAGGGAAGCGGAAAUGCGGAACGGAAGAGCGGAAAGCGCCGCAAGGAUUCAGAAACUCCACGGAAGGGAGGAGCAACGAAAGGAGCUACUCUACCGGCUACUUGCCGGCGCCCACCUCGAGGCCAGACGGGGUCGAAUUCGAAAGCCCGAGCGAAAUUGACUUUCUGCAUACUGGAUCCGCAGGACUCCGCUGCGACGAGCCGGUUCCGGUCGAAGAAUCCGCUGGGUUUGGCGCAGCGGAACGCACGGCCGCGAAAGACGCCAGCCCUGCUGCGAACGGUACGGAAAAGCCGAGGAAAAGCGGUGUGGAAAUUCCUGGGGAAGGAGUUUCGGAGGAACCGGGGGCAGGUUCUGCUAAGGCUCCUGCCGAAAAAGUCGGAAUACGUGGGAACGGCUCUUUGGGCUGGCCAGGAUAAACGGAAAGUGCUUGGAUCUGCACAAGGUGAAGACGCGAUGGAGGAGACGGGAAAGCUUGAGGCGGAAUUGGCGCCGGAAGCGGAGCGGAAGAAAAUGUCGGAAGCGGAAGCGGAACUAGCGAAGGGGGAGGAACGGAAGGUAGAGCCGGGUCCGGCGGUCGGAACGUCAGAAAAGGAACUGGGGGCCGGCAGCUGUGCAGCAACGAGCUCUGAUAAGCUCACCAAGUCACCGGAUUCCGGCGGAAAGGGCCGGAACGCGACCAGUGCGGAUAGGGAGGGCGGUCCUCUGGGCGGAGCGGGAAUGCAGAGGAGGACCAACAGCGGAGGCGAGAAGGUGUUGCUCGGAAAGGGAGGAGCAAAGAAACGGAAGGAUGAGGUCAGCGGGUACGUCAGGGACGAUGCAAAGGGGUUUGAGAGAGCAGGGGAAACGGGCCUCGAGGAUGACGUCAGCAAAAGCGAACAAAGUAAGAAGGAAUCGCGUGAAGACGGAGAGGGGCAGCAGUACGAGGAGAACCUUUCGAUUGACGCGGGGCGCGGUAAAGAGUCGUGUGAAGGGGCGAACGCGGAGGCUCCGUCAGAGGCAAAAGGAACGAAAGAGGCUGGCGAAAAGACGGAAAGCCGCAAGGCAGGACUCCUUAACGAAGUUUUGCGACGCGACAUUGAAGAGCUUCGUAGAGCGGCGAUGGAGAUGUGGGGUGAGGACGGGAGCAGAAAGAGCACGGUUCACGACAGGAUAGCGGAAUACGAAGCGACGUUGGAGGGAACACUGUGCGAGGCAAGCGAGAAGCGAGAUGUAAGGGAAACGAAAAUUUUGAGAAAAAAGGUUUCGGUAGAGGGGCAGGAUGAGGGGGAGGAGUUGAACGAUGUCGUCAGCCGUUUCAUUAGGGGCGGUGCUAAGUUGCUUGGAGAUGCGGGGGAAAGGGGCCUCGAGGAUGACGUCAGAAGGAGUAACGAGAUUGGGAAGCUUUCGCUCGAAGCUGAAAAGGGGCAACAGAUCGUGGACGACGUCACCAUUUGCGCAGGGGGCGGGAAGGAGUCGAUGGGGGGAGGUAGUCCGGGGGUUCGAGCGGAGGCGAAGACGACUCAUAAGGCUUGCGAAAAGGCGAAGCGUGGCAAUCAGGCGAACUCUUGCGACCUGAUGACUGUCGAGAUUGAGGACCUUUUGAGAAUGAAAAAGGAGGAGAUCUUGAGGGAGAAGGACAGCAGAAAGGGCGCAGUUUGUGAGAGGGGAGAAGAGACGACUUUGGAGGGGAAGGCAGGCGAGAAGGGAGAUGUAAGGAGAACGGAAGGUGCAGGAGAGGGCGUGUCGGUAGUGGGGCAGGGUGACGGCGAGAAGCCAGAGGACACUUCGGCGGAGCCGGAACCGGAACCGGACACCGGAACUGAAGUGGAAGUCGUAAUGGAAGUCUCGGAAUCUGACGAAGCGGCGGUUGUCCGUGCGGCUCACCCGGAGAGCGACCAACGCAAGCGCGGCGCGGCCCAACUUUCUGCGGAGCGGCAGACUGUAUCGCCGCGGCUUUGA